AUUAGCUAACACAGUGUUGGAGAGAGUUUGUGUGCGUGUGUGCGUGCGUGUGUGUUCCGGCCACUAAUUGGACUGAGUUUGACUGAGCAACAAAAGAAGCUUCCAGCUCUGGUUUGUACAGACUGGGCUUUGUCCUCGGGCCAUUUGUUCUCCCCUGGUGCUGUGUUAACAGUUACUCCCCCUCCACCCCUUCACCCCGCUCAUCACAAACUUUUGUCGCCCUGAAUGAAAGUCCAUUGCACCAAAUGCAGGCGAGAUCCAGAGACCAGAACUUUUGAGGGGCUUCCCGCCCUUGCAAUCUCUCUCUCUGUCUCUCUCUCUCACACAUGCACACAAUGAGCCCUGAAGCUCCACAGAAGCUGGUCAUCACGGCCGCCUGUGGGGAUCCUGCCAAGCGGACCAGAUCAGAGCCUCUCUGGUCUUCUCUGGCCGACGAGGUCGGACUGGCUCUGUGAACCAGAGGAUGAUCGAACUGCAGACCUGCGACGAUGUCUGCAGCCGCGUGGACUCGCUCAGCCUGGAGGAGCUGGAGUGUAAGAUAUGCUACUGCUCCUACAACCUGCGGGGUCGCAGGCCGAAGGUCCUGGAGUGCUGCCACCGACUGUGCACCAAGUGCCUGUCCAAGAUCCUGGAUCUGGGUGAGUCUCCUCCCAACUAUGUGGUCUGCCCCUUCUGCCGUUACACCACCAGACUGACGGGCGAAGCCCUGGAUGGUCUGCCUGAGGACUGUAACCUGCUGGCAGUGCUCACCCUCCGCAGCAGGAACCAGAGGAACCGCCACCAGGAGCCCCCUGCCGAGCUGCUCCUGAGCCCCCGACGCCUCAGCUCACUGAUGGUGAGUCCGCCUGUGACGCCCCCCACUCCAUACUCCUCCAUCCGCAGCUCUCCGAACUUUGUGGUCAUCACCAUCAUGGAGCCACCGCCAGCCUCCAACCAGCAGCCUCACGCAUCACGGCACCGUUCCUCCAGCCUGGACUCCAUGGCGUCCGUCACACAGAGGUGGACCGUGUGGAACUGUGCCGCCCUCCUGUGCCAGACCUUGGCCAGGGCUCUGGUGUGGAUGCUUGGGCUUCUGUACUUCAGUUCGCUGCCCAUGGGGGUCUACCUUCUCAUCAUGCAGAGGACCACCAUUGGGGUCCUGCUGGUGAGCCUGGUCCCUGCUAGCCUUAUCAUCAUCCUGGUCUAUGGGCUCUGCCAGUGUAUCUGCCAGGAGUUCUGGGAGUGUGUGUCCCACAGGUGAGACCAGCAGACCUCCCUCAGAAUCUCUUCUGUCAGGAGCACCAAGUGAUCUAUGGAAGGUUGAAGACUUUCUCAUUUGAACCUUCAGCUCAAUGACGAACUGCUACAGGCCCCCAUGGUCACAUGAUCCCCAAAACUUCUGGAAAGGUCUACAUGUCCAAAUCUGUCAUUUAAACAACGGGAGUCAUGCUUUGGCCCGGUGGCCACACAAGGUCUGUUGAUGACCCAAUAAGGUCCAUAUUGAAUCAAAAUUACAUAAAUAUGGGCAACAUUUAUUUCAUGUUCAUGUUUUGUCUCCUUUAUUUACAAUUAAAAACAAAUCCUUAGGUGAAUAUCUAAAUUGUAUUCAACGAUAUUCUCUCUCUAUAUUUUUUUUAAUCUUUUUGUGUUCAUAAUUAUUUCCCCUCUUUUCUUCUGCUUUCUAUGUAUUUAAAAUGUCACACAGUCUCGUGAUUUUGUCGGUUACAAUAGGCACUAGUGAUACAUUUUCAUAAUCUAAAAAACGUUUUAAAUGAAUUACAAAAUUGACCUCAUAUGAUAUUUAUUUAAUGUUUCAGAAUUUAUGUGACUCAAGAUGUAUGUCUCUCUAAAAUGUUGCAAUUGUGAUGAUACUGUAUACACUUAUUACAUAUCACAAAAAAUGUGCAUCUAUGCUAGUCAGUUUAGAAUCAGGAGUCAGCAAUAUUCUAAUGUAUAUUAAGUUUGCUGCCUGCUGCUAGAGGGCACUAUGAGUCCGGUCGACAUAAUGUUGUGUCAUAGAAACUUUUUCUGAAUUUUGACAAAUGUUCAGUUCAAAGUCUGUGUGGAUGUAUGUUAUUUUGAACACUAGACACUUUUGGUUUGUCCCAGUUAGCCCGGACCAUGGGGGCGCUGAAGAUGUCGUCACAAGUCGGAGAGUGAGAAACCUUAAGUGUUGAUGUCAUCGGAUCUUCACUAAAACCAAAACAUGUUUUUGGAGAAAAUGCUUGAACUGAAACACAGGUGUGAUCGCAGGGUACAGGUCCAGAAAUAAA